AUGGCCCCAGACCCAUCGUCUCCCUCCUCCCAUACUAUCCUCUCCCCUUCCUCUCCCCUGGUUGCGUUCGACGCAGUACAGUCACCAAUUUCUCCCAGCAGUGCUUCACAAUUCGAUCCUCGACUCGAGUUCUCUGGCGCCAUCGCCCCUGCCCCGACCAAUCCUUCUACGUCUCGACAAGCAGUCGGCUCAGGCUCUGCCGGCAACGAUAUCGAGAUGGAACCAAUUCCGGGUCAUCGGCGGCGGAAGAGCAGUCUCAUGAACCCAGUUGGUGGUCACAGUCUCUCUGGUGUGCCUGCUCCUGGCCGGCCAAGUUAUUCCCAAAGCUCCCGUAACAACGCUCCUACGUCUUCUAGCCUGCAAGAGGGCUCAAAAGAACAUCUCGAUGUUCCUGGUCGGAGUACUGGGGAGUCUGGCUCCAAGGACGACUCAGGGAGAGACAGUUCCAGUGACGAGGAUUUGCACGACGAUGAGGAAAUGGGGUUGACGAGAAAGGAUAAAUCGCGGAAGCAAAAGAAACGGAGGAGGAAUACAUUGCUAGACAAUCGAAUUGCGCGCGAGAAGCAUGUUUCCGACGACGAGCGCAAGGAAGCAGAUCGCAAUGUCGUCAGGAGCCUGUUCACGAAUGGGGUUUUGAUCCUGUUGUGGUACUUCUUUUCGCUCUCCAUCUCACUAUAUAAUAAAUGGAUGUUCGACAAGGACCGCCUGAAUUUUGCAUUUCCCCUAUUCACCACGUCUACACAUAUGAUUGUGCAGUUUGUCUUGUCAGGCCUGGUCUUGACAUUCGUGCCCUCACUACGGCCAAAAGCAGCACACAACUCUGACGGCGGCCGAUCCAGGCAUGAGUCUGGGCCUCAGGGAUCCGUCAUGUCCAAAAUAUUUUAUUUUACCCGUAUUGGCCCGUGUGGUGCCGCUACUAGUCUAGAUAUCGGACUGGGAAAUACGUCACUCAAGUUUAUCAGCUUGACAUUUUACACCAUGUGCAAAUCUUCAUCCCUUGCUUUUGUCCUGCUCUUCGCCUUCGUAUUCCGUCUCGAAACGCCAACUUGGCGCCUCGUUGCCAUCAUCGCAACGAUGACGUUUGGUGUCAUUCUUAUGGUGUUUGGGGAGGUCGAAUUCAAGUUUGGAGGCUUCUUCCUCGUCAUUUCUGCAGCAUUCUUUUCAGGGCUGCGGUGGGCUCUUACGCAGAUCCUGCUUCUACGCAACCCGGCCACCUCCAACCCCUUUUCGAGCAUCUUCUUUCUCUCUCCCGUCAUGUUUGUCGUUCUCUUUUCCCUGGCUAUUCCGGUUGAGGGUUUCGGGCCGUUGUGGGAUGGCCUCAAGGCCCUCAACGCGGAAUGGGGUGUCUGGACACCACUUUUCCUAUUGUUCCCAGGUUGCAUUGCGUUCCUCAUGAUUGCAUCCGAAUUUGCGCUUCUUCAACGAACAUCCGUCGUCACCUUGUCUAUUGCAGGCAUUUUCAAGGAAGUCGUAACCAUCUCCGCCGCGUCCAUUGUUUUUGACGACAAGCUCACGUCUAUCAACGUCAUCGGUCUCCUCGUCACAAUGGCCGCUAUUGGCGCCUACAAUUAUGUCAAGAUCACCAAGAUGCGCCAAGAGGCACAAAUUGAAGUCCAUGAACGCCAUGCGGGCGUGCACCCAAUCACUCCAAUCAGUCACAGCGGAAGUGGCAGCGACAUGGACAAUGAUGAAUCGGCCGCAGAGACCGCAGGUCUAUUACAACGGACUGACGAGCAGGAACAGGGGAUUGUCACAGUGGAUGGUGACGUGCAACCGGACCUGCCUCGACCAUCGAACGCGCAAUGA